AUGCUCCGGAUUGCAGGAGCGUCCAAGCAUGUCUUGGUCGUUUUUACCGUUUUCACCACCUGUUUUGUCCUAUUCCUUCUCGGCAGGCACGAUGGGAACCUCGUCUCCCCCUCUCCCCGACUAUCACGGGUGGCAAGGUUGGCGACGGGAAGGAAGGGGGGCCGAGGUUUGCUCGACAGCGUCCACAACAGCACACUUGGGUUCGAAAAAGUCUUCGUCGUCGGCCUGCCGUCGAGAAGCGAUCGCCGUGAUGGCAUGGCGCUCACCGCCGCCCUCAGCGACGUCCAGAUCGAGUUCAUGGACGGCGUCUUGGGCUCCAACGUGAACAUCAAAGCGGUGCCGAAGCACAAGACGCUGGACCACAUCAAAGACGCCGAGUUGGGAUCCUGGCGCGGACACAUCAAUGCCAUCCGGGAGGUCGUCAUGCGAAACCUUUCGUCGGUGCUCAUUCUCGAGGACGACGUCGACUGGGACAUUCGGCUGAAGGACCAACUGCACGACUUGGCCCUCUCCACCAACGCCCUGCUCCAGCCCCUGCGAGGGUUCCCGGAUCGCCACGCCGACGCGACAUACCCGAAGCGACGGCAAGACGAGUCGCCGCCGCCCGAAGACAUUCCGUUUGAAGACCUCCCCGUGACCAUACCGCCCAAGUCGUCUCCGUACGGCGACAACUGGGACGUGCUGUGGAUUGGUCACUGCGGCAUGAUCUUUCCCCGUGAAAAAAACGACAUCCCCAAGGGACGCGUCAUCCAUCGCGACGACGUCACCGUUGCGCCCAAGAGGAACCUGUGGCUCCUCACCGAACCCUUUACCCUCAAGGAGAAAUACCCGCCGCACACGCGCGCCGUCCACCACGCGGAGGAAGGCGUCUGCACCCUCGCCUACGCCAUCAGCCAGGCGGGUGCCCGGAAGAUUCUGCACGAGCUUGCCCUGAAGCCCCCCACCGCCGCCUUCGACAUCCUGCUCCGAUUCUUCUGCGACGGGACCGACGGCCGCGCCAUGCACAACUGCCUCGGCGUCACCCCGGGUCUCUUCCACCACUACCGACCGGCCGGCAAGGCCUUGGAUGUCAGCGACAUCAGAGAUCACGACGGUGACUUCCGGGAAGACGCCGGCUCCGAUAUUGUCCGCUGGAGUGUGCGACUCAAUACCCCAGAGCUGCUCGAUGGUGGCACCAGUUUUGCGGACCAGUAUCCCGAUUGA